AUGCAGCUGUCAUUAGCCGUCUUGGUCGCCUGCCAGGCAGCAGCUGUCGCUGCUUCCUCGCUGACUCCGCCUGUCCUUCCACUCAUAGUGCGGAAUCCCUAUCUCAGCACUUGGCUUGGUGAUGCGAGGGAGGCUCCGUGGAAAAAAUGGCCGAUGUUCUAUACCGGAGAGGAGGUGGGACUCUCGUUGAUGGCCCAAGUCCCUAGUCAGGGUGCGGUAUAUCCUCUGCUAGGCAAGCCGCAUGAAUCUCUGUCCUCGAAGGAAAGCUACAAAAUUAAGUAUCCUGAGUACCUCGGCCACAACUACGAUGCCUCCACAACCAACUUAACAUACCAUAUUGAUACCGGCUCCGCGGACCCUAUAGACAUCACCGUGUCGUUCCUUUCCCCAAUAACUCCGUCUUCGACUCUGCGGCAGUCGAUCCCGGCCUCGUAUGUCACCAUUGACGUUCAGGGUGAACUUGACGUAAAUAUUUACAUGGAUAUCGAUGGCCGUUGGGUCAGUGGGGAUACCCAUAGCAAGAUCAAAUGGGGCCGGGACAAGCUGAAGACUGCACACGAGAAGUCGAACUAUGAUCUUCAGAGAUGGCAAGUCCAACGGGAAACUGAGCUUGAGCUGACGGAGACUCGCGACCGUGCCGAAUGGGGAACACUUCAUUUUACCGGACCUGCGGAUGUAAACUACCAGUCCGGUGACGCAGUGGAUGUUCGUCGUGGAUUCGCCAGCAGCGGCUCCCUGCAAAACGCCAACGAUGACUCGUUCAGAGCUAUUCAAGAUCGGACUCCUGUUUUUGCAUUUUCCAAAACAUUCAGCUUGGGCCAGCAGUCAAAGGUCUAUGCCGAUAGUGUCACUUUCACGGUUGCUCUUGUACAAGUCCCUGUCGUUCAGUAUGCGGCAGCUCGUGGACUCACCAUGAUGCGACCCUUGUGGGAAUCGUGGUUCCCUACUACAGAACAGCUUUUGAGUUUCCACUAUAAGGACUACACUGAAGCUAGCUACCUGGCUUCCAACUAUUCACAGCAAGUGGCGGAAGAUGCCUACCUGUCGGGUGCAGAUGACUACGUCGACAUCGUUGCCCUAACCGCUCGCCAAGUCAUGGGUGCAACCACCUUUUCGGGAACCCCGGAUUCCCCUAUUCUGUUCUUGAAGGAGAUCUCCUCGAAUGGAAAUUUCCAGACCAUCGAUGUUAUCUUCCCGGCGUUCCCCUUCUUUUUGUACACCAACCCCAGGUGGUUGGCUUACCUCCUGGAGCCCCUGAUCGAGCACAUGCUGAGCGGUCAAUACCCUAACAAGUAUGCGAUGCACGACUUGGGCACACACUUCCCUAAUGCCACCGGUCAUCCUGAUGGAAAUGAUGAAUAUAUGCCGGUGGAGGAGUGUGGUAACAUUCUCAUCAUGGGUCUGGGUAUUGUGAAUUCGCUUCUGUAUGAGGACUCUGCCGCAGCCUCAUCCAUUUGGUCAACACAGGGUUCAGCUUCGCCGAACAUCGAAAGCGAGUCUUCCGGAAUCUUCCCUCUUGGUAACUUGCAGACGCUUUCUGGCAUUGCCCACCAGGACGGUAAAUGGGGUGGCGGUCAAGCCGGCCGGCACCAGGCAGAGAAGUGGGUGAAGCGAAGCUACCGUCUUUGGAAGCAGUGGACUGGAUAUCUGGUGGAGUUCUCUCUUGAGCCUGCCAACCAGCUUUCUACCGAUGAUUUUGCCGGCUGGUUAGCUCUGCAGACAAAUCUGGCUCUCAAGGGUAUUGUCGGUAUCAAUGCCAUGAGCAAGAUCGCCGAAGUAGCUGGCCUUGAGUCGGAUGCUUCGUACUUCAAGGAAAUCGCCGAUGAUUACAUCGCUAAAUGGGAACAAUUCGGCAUGUCUCGAGAUGGCUCUCACGCCAAGCUUGCCUACGACUGGUACGGCUCAUGGACGACCAUCUAUAACCUCUACGCAGACGCCCAGCUCUGCUUCCAUCUCGAGGGCACCGAUACAGACAAGCCAGGUUUCGUGCCACGCCACAUCUACCAGAAGCAGUCUGUCUGGUACCACUACGUGCGUCAGAAGUACGGUCUCCCUCUUGACAGCCGUCACAUGUACACGAAAACAGACUGGGAGUUCUUUUCCAUGGCCGUCGCUUCCAAGCCAGUGCGUUCCGAGAUCCUUGAAUCCGUCGCUCGCUGGGUCAACGAGACAACCACCGAUCGACCAUUUACAGACCUGCACAACACAGAAGGUGACGGCGGAUUCCCUGGCCCUAACUUCUUUGCUCGGCCGGUUAUCGGUGGCCACUUCGCUUUCCUCGCUCUGGAACGUGCUUGUGGUGGUCGUGCCAUGCCUGGGUUGUCCUUCCUCGAUGACGUUGACGAAGAAACCUUGGCAACUUGGAGUGCUGACGCCCAGUCUGCGGCGGCACAGUUCACCGAGCCCUGGGCUCAUCGUCAUCGCGAGGGUGAGCUGUAG